UUUUUCCCGUCUUUGCUGCCGCCGCUGCUUUCCACGUGUGGCCGUUGGUCUCUUUGAUCGAACAACAACAACAGGAACAACAACAACACAGGCACUUCAACCCACCAACCACCAACCAUGGUCAAAAUCUGGCAGACGCAGCACAUCUUCGACCAUCCUUGGACACAUGUGACGUCCGGGCACUGGCGCAAGUACCCCAACCCAUACAACCCGGCGGUGCUGUCCACGGACAUUGUGGACCGCAAGGUCGAAGAUGGCGUGCUUCACUCCAAGCGGCUCAUCACCACAAACUUUCAGGUCCCAGGAUGGGUGCGCAGGCUAAUUGGGUGCAACUGCAUUCACGCCAUCGAGGAGUCCAAGGUCGAUCCAAGGACACAGAGCCUGGAAAUGGUGUCGAAGAACGUUACGUUUUGUAAUCUAUUGAAUGUGAAGGAGUCCAUCACAUAUUCGCCCGACCCCUCUGAUCCAAACAAGACUGUGAUGACACAAAAGGCGGAAGUGAGCGUGCCGUCCAUGACUUAUGUUGAGAAGACCCUGACCGACUCCAUCGCCAAGAACUCCAAGAAGGGUAAAGAAGCGAUGGAAUGGGUCAUUGCCAAGAUUGCUGGUGACCUCGAGGAGCUGUCAUGAUGUGAUCAUCAACAAACUCCCUCCCUCUCUCUCUCUCCCUCUCCCUCUCGCAUUGUUUCGCAUCUUCUCGCUGUCCGUGUGUAUGUGUGUGAGGAAGAGAGAGUGUGUGUGCGAUAAUGUGUUUGUGCAUGCGCGUUUCCUUUGUGUGUUUGCGCUGAUGUGUGCGCGGCAUCAAACCAACAUGUCUGUGUCCCACAUGGCCAGUGUCACGGCCCAAACCCGUUGUACUUCUUCUUCUUCCUCCUCCUCCUCCUCCUCCUCUUCUUCUUCUUCUUCAUCGGCUCGAUAAGUUUAGGAUGUCUCCGCUUCCCUCACCCUCCUUUUCAGCGUUGUUUCUUUUUCCUUCUGCUUUCCCCCGUCCCUUCUCCUCUCUAUUGCCUCGUUGCUUAUCUGAAGACCGCACUUGUGUUACUCCCUCUUUCUACAACAGCCAAUGACGUCUGUUCCUUCAUUGAAUGGACACAUAGAAGAGAGA